AACUGAUUUCUCUAGGAAUUAGCCUUGCUCAGCACUUAAGUUGGGGUUAUGGAGACAAAAGGAUACCACAGCUACCCAGAAGGCUUAGAUAUGGAGAGACGGUGGGGUCAAGUUUCUCAGUCUGUGGAGUAUUCUUCUCUAGGUGCUGGAGAGCAGACUGGUGACAGUAACUAUAUGGAGAUCGUAAGCGUAAGCUGUGCUGCCGGCGCUUUUCCAAACAGCAGCGCUCAAGGAAACAACAAAGAAAAACCUGAACUACUCAGCUGCCUGCAGCAGGACGGCAAUCCGCCUGGUAUUUUGCCCUCUGACAUCAAAACUGAGACAGAGUCGAAGGAACUCUCAGCAACUGUAGCUGAAUCUAUGGGUUUAUAUAUGGAUUCAAUACGAGAUGCUGAUUAUCCCUAUGACCAGCAGAAUCAAGGGAGCCCAGGGAAGAUGUAUCAGAAUGUGGAGCAGCUGGUGAAGCUCUAUAAGGAGAAUGGCCACUGCUCUUCUCCCCUGCACGGCGCCAGCAGGCCCUUGAGGUCUUUGAUGUCGGACUCCAGUAGCGCCAUGAACGGUGGUGCCAUGCAUGCGAUUGUCAAAAGCCCUAUAAUGUGUCAAGAGAAAAGUCCGUCGGGCUGUAGUCCUCAGAAUAUGAAUUCCUCAGUGUGUAGUCCUGCUGGGAUUAACUCUGUGUCCUCAACUACUGCUAACUUUGGGAACUUUGCAGUGCACAGCCCAAUUGGCCAGGGGACUCCCUUGUCCUGCUCGCCUAACAUUGAAAACCGGGGGUCCAUGUUGCACAGUCCUGCACACAUUAGCAAUGUAGGGUCUCCACUUUCUAGUCCUAUCAGUAGCAUGAAAUCACCGAUUUCUAGUCCUCCCAGUCAUUGCAGUGUGAAAUCUCCUGUCUCGAGUCCUAAUAAUAUCACUCUGAGAUCUUCUGUGUCCAGUCCUGCAAAUAUGAACUCAAGAAGCUCCAUUGCCAGCCCUUCCAAUGCCAAUAACAGGUCCACGCGUUCUAGUCCAGCUGUUAGCACUGUGGCAUCUUCUAUCUGUAGCCCUGUAAACAACUCUCUAGGAUUUCCUGCUUCUGGCACACCUGCUGGACCUGGCAGAAGCCAAGACACUGUUCCUAGUCCAGAAACAAAAGAGAAAGGUGCUCAAGAAAUCACAUUUCCUAAAAUGGAGGAAAUGGAGAAUGCCAUCUCUAAGAACACUCAGAUGAACCUUGUUCAGUUUAUAAAACCCGAACCAGAUGGUUCGUUUGGCAGUGCGUGUAUUGGUGAAAGCAGUAAAAUAAAUUCUGAUUCCCCAUUUUCAGUACCAGUAAAGCAAGAAUCAACUAAACAUCCAUGUUCUGGUGCCUCUUUUAAAGGGAAUCAAACAGUAAAUCCUUUUCCAUUUACAGAUGGCUCGUAUUUUUCUUUUAUGGAUGACAAAGACUACUAUUCUCUUUCUGGGAUUUUAGGACCACCUAUUUCUUCAUUUGAUGGAAACUGUGAAGGUAGUGGCUUUUCAAAUCCAGGCCUGCCUGUGGGAAUUAAACAGGAGCCUGAUGACGGCAGCUAUUAUCAAGAAAACAGUCUACCAUCGUCUGCCAUCGUUGGUGUCAAUUCAGGUGGACAGUCAUUUCACUACAGGAUUGGUGCCCAGGGCACGAUAUCCUUGUCGCGACCUGUUGCUAGAGAGCAGACGUUUCAGCACUUGAGCUCCUUUCCCCCAGUCAGUACACUCGUUGAGACAUGGAAAUCUCAUUCGGAGUUGGCGUCCAGAAGAGGUGAUGGGUAUCCAGUUCUAGAAUACAUUCCAGAAAAUGUGUCAAGCUCUUCAUUGAGAGGUGUAUCAACAGGAUCUUCACGACCUUCCAAAGUGUGUUUGGUGUGCGGAGAUGAAGCAUCCGGAUGUCAUUAUGGGGUAGUCACAUGUGGCAGCUGUAAAGUUUUCUUCAAGAGAGCAGUAGAAGGGCAGCACAAUUAUCUGUGUGCGGGAAGGAACGACUGUAUAAUUGAUAAGAUUCGGAGGAAGAACUGCCCAGCUUGUCGAUUACAGAAAUGUCUGCAAGCUGGAAUGAAUUUAGGAGCCCGGAAGUCCAAAAAGUUGGGGAAGUUGAAAGGGAUGCACGAGGAGCAGCCGCAGCAGCGACAGCAGCCGCCCCCGCAGAGCCCGGAGGAAGGGACUCCGUACAUCGCUCCAGUAACCGAGCCGCCUGUCAACACGGCCCUUGUUCCCCACAUGUCUGCUCUUUCACCAGCACUUACGCCCUCUCCCGCGAAGAUCCUUGAAAGCAUUGAGCCCGAGGUUGUGUACGCAGGAUACGACAGCUCAAAGCCAGACACAGCAGAGCACCUGCUCUCCACUUUAAACCGCCUGGCUGGCAAGCAAAUGAUUCAGGUGGUGAAGUGGGCAAAGAUACUUCCAGGAUUUAGAAACUUGCCUCUCGAGGACCAAAUUACUCUAAUUCAGUAUUCAUGGAUGUGUCUGUCAUCGUUUGCCUUGAGUUGGAGAUCGUACAAACACACAAACAGCCAGUUCCUCUAUUUUGCUCCAGACCUGAUCUUCGAUGAGGAACGGAUGCGCCAGUCUGCCAUGUUUGAGCUGUGCCAGGGAAUGCACCAGAUCAGCCUGCAGUUCGUUCGCUUGCAGCUCAGCUUUGAGGAGUACACUAUCAUGAAAGUCUUGCUGCUGUUGAGCACAGUUCCCAAGGAUGGUCUCAAAAGCCAAGCUGCAUUUGAAGAAAUGAGGGCAAAUUACAUUAAAGAACUAAAGAAGAUGGUAACUAAAUGUCCAAGUAACUCUGGGCAAAGCUGGCAGAGAUUCUACCAACUGACUAAGCUUCUUGACUCCAUGCAUGAUCUCGUUAGUGACUUGCUGGAAUUCUGUUUCUACACCUUCCGAGAGUCUCAGGCACUGAAAGUAGAGUUUCCAGCCAUGCUGGUGGAAAUCAUCAGUGACCAGCUACCAAAGGUGGAAUCUGGGAAUGCCAAGCCCCUGUACUUUCACAGGAAGUGAUAGAAAAUGUCUUAAAUGGAAGAACUUUGCCUUAAGUUUCCCUGUGUUAUUCCACACCCAUGAAGGACCCAAGAAACCAUAUUUUAAACAUGCUCUUUACACUUGUUCAGCCGUCUCUGAAUAGGCUAAAAUCAUGCGAAGGGUUUGGGGAAUGGAGAACAGUUGACCUGGAUUUGGCAAGACCUAGAUGUUUGGAAAUUACCCCUUACCCUGAAACAUUUAGAAAAUGUUCCUGUUCCUCGGAUGAAAAGCCAUAUCUAGUCAAUAACUCUUUGAUUUUGAUAUUUUAACAGACGGAGUUUUAAAUAUGCCAUGUAGUUUCUGGUAUUGUUUGCCUGUUUUAAAAGGGUUCAAGAACUAACAAGAACUUUUUAAAGCUUACCCUUGGUUUGCACAUAAACAGUAAAGUCAAUAUGGGGCAUUAAUAUUCUUUUCUUGUAAAAAAGAAAAACAAAAACUAUAUAUACAUACGUACACACACACACCCCCUAAUGUGUAAAGUAAUAACAGACCAUUUGGUGUGGAAUACUCUGCUAUCCCCACCUGUGGCAUUUGUUAUCCCAUUUUAUCCCAUCAUAGCUGAUAUACACUGUGUUAAGUGUCCAUUUACUAUUUAAUUAAGGAGGAUAAGAUGUGAAAACAAAUGCCCUGGUAUCAAUUUAUAGUAUCUAUUGUGCUGGCUUUACAAAUAAUUUUUUGCAGUCUUUUGCUGUACUGUACAUUGCUGUAUGUAUAAAUUGUGAAGGACCUGAAAUAAGGUGUAAGGAACUUUUGUAAAUGAGACAAAAAUCUUUAAUGGUUAAUAGGAUGAAUGGGAAAGUAUUUUUGAAAGAACUCUAUUUUGCUGGAGACUAUUUAAGUACUAUCUUUGUCUAAACAAACAAGGUAAUUUUUUUGUAAAGUGAAAUGUUCUGCAUGCAUAAUGAACCGUUUACAGUGUAUUUAAGAAAGGGAAAGCUGUGCCUUUUUUAGCAUCAUAUCUAAUUUACCAUCCUACAGUAUCUGUUGUAAAUAACCACACCUAACCUUUUUCAGUUGUAUUUAAGCCUUUGUUUUCCUCUCUCUUUUUCUUCCUUUGUCUCUCGCUUGCAAGUGUGCGUGACUCGAGCCCAUCCUAGAUGUCCUGCUUCCUCUUUCCGUAGGAAACUGCCCGCUGUCGUGCUUGCCACGUUACGGAGGUUUCAUUUAACAAGACAAAUCACGGCCUCUCCCCAGCUUGGGACAGAGCUUCGUGACGGAGGCGGUUCUGGCCCUCUGCUCCCUCUCGCGCUCGCUCACUCGCUCUCAGGGGAAUAAGGGUGAACAAGAUGGUGAACCAUUUUCCUUUUUUAUCAAGGGUUCCCACAGUGAUUGCGUCUCCUUUGAUUACUGACUGUCCCCAGCCCCCCGGAGGUCAGCUCACGGGUUCAGGGUGGCCCUUGUGGCACCGAGCAGCUCGAGGGGAGCAGCCGCCCCGUCAGUGAUAAACUCAACCCCUCAGGGGCUGCAAGCAGUUCUGUGAAAACCAGAAUACGUCUGGAAAGACAAGUGUGUUCACGCUACAAGUUCAACUCAGCUCGUCUAAUUUUGUCUCAAAAAUGUUUUCUCUAGAGUAAACUGCACAGAUCAACUUUUUGAGGUGAUUUUUGCUGUUUCACAAUUCAUAAGCAAAUACAGCUUUUGGGGUAGAAUCGAGGCCAGGUGAACUUGUCUGAGGCUCCCUGUUGCUGCCCUGUGCUCACGGAGCUAGGCUAGUUUUCCAGAGUCCUCGUCCCUGUGGGCGACACUGGUAUUUCUGGGCUGUAGCUGUCCCCCGACCGGUCCGAAUGUAGCAUUUCUUCUGCAGGGUGGUCUCCCAGGAAUGAGGUAGGAUUCCAAACUCCAGAGUGCGCCUUGGUGCACACAAGGCAGUCAGUGCGACUUGUCUUUUUAAAUGACACCUGCCUUAUGCAAUGAGUAAUCUGUAAAGACUGUGUUCCGAGAGGGUUUUUUUAUAUAUAAAUAUAUACAUACAUAUAUUAUUUGCAUUUUGGAAGUCUAAUUCAUAGGCAGAUCUUUAAAUACUGACCUGCACAGCAAUAUGAAAGCCAAACUUCCAACAUGAGAUACACAGCAUGCAGACUGGUUGUUUACAGGAAUAGUCAGACAGCCAUCCUUUCAUUUACUUUUUUUCUUUUUUCUUUUUUUUUUUUAAGUCUAAAAUAGGAAAUUUCAAAGCCAGGUUUGGGGCAAAUACAGUCUGCAGCAGCUUUUUAUAUUAACAAAGUUACUGCCUCCUUUUCUGUCUCAAAGUAACUUUGCUUGAUUAAAAUAGCAAAGCCAUAUUCUACACUUCACUGUUAAAUGCCUGUCCCAGUCCAAAUUGUUGUCUGUUUGCUCUUAUUUUUGUACCUUAUUACUUUUAAUCUUGGUUUGGUACAAUUCAUAAUUCACAGAAACUUCAUAUAAUUAAACACACUAAAUUAGUUUUAAAAAGCAAUUUAUAUCUUUAUGCAAAAACGUAUGUCUGUCUUUGCAAACAACUGUAAGCAGAUUAUAAUAAAUCCUUUACUUUAAUCACCUGUUGUUUAUGAAACCAUUCAUUGAUUACUACUUUUUGUUAGAGAUCAUUGAAGAAAUAGAUAAAAUUGGAUAUAGAUGUUGCAAGAGGCCGUGUUCUCUUAUCCAGGACACUUAAGCAGAAUAGCCAUCACUUUUUUAUCUAAACCUGUACAGAAAAAAAAAAAAAAAAAAACCCAGACUAGUUUUUAGCUUCCAAAAGCUACAUUAUUUUGAAUUUGUUUAGAAUGAAAUAGGCAUUUGUCUCCUGCAAAAUACAAGACAAACUAAAACCAUCU